AUGGCUCUAAACUCGGCACUCUUAAUCAGCGUCUGUCUGCUUUUCCUGGUCUCCCUGUACAAGGCGUCCAUUUCCGCCUCUGACGUAAGUUGGAGGUGGGUCGGACCCUCCGUCCUGAUGGAUGUUUCUUUUGCCCAAAUCGUGGUCGCCGAUGUCUUCGCGCCAGCGGUCUUCGAGACCAUGGUUCCUGCCGAACCAUCCUCGACGCGAAUUUCGAUGAAGCCUACGGACUACCUGCAUCACGAGACGUUCUUCCAAGCGUCCCCUCCUGGUAUCCCGCCUAACGUCGCACGGUCUUCGUCGAACAAACGGAUCCUCAAGGCGUGCUCACUCCCGGUUAUCAUGUCCGUUCUCUCUGCCAUCGUCGUGCUUCGUUGUAUACCGUGCUGCGUUCUGCCAUUCUCUGGUUCAAGCUCACGAACUUUAUUCCUUGCCCUCAUUUUGGCCGUCACGGUCGCCCUCACGCUGGGUCUGUUGGUCGUCCAAAGCCUCCUCUCUGCGAGCAAUUCCACCACGUUCGACGUCCUGCGCAUUGUCCUGUUCGCUCAUGUAGGAAUGGCGGGAAUCUACGUCAUUGUUUCUGCUUUAUGGGACACUUUGGAGAGAUGCGUGGCAAACGAAGAAAGCGGAAUUGGCCAAGGCGAGGUUGCUGCCGAAGAGGAUACACUGGGAGGAGAUGACGGAGAACAGGACAUAGGUUCACUGCCGGUUUCAAACCUUCAGGCAUCGACAAAUAUGGCGUCCCUACCAUCAAAGAACUUGGCGCGCAGUCACAGUACAAUGUACAUGUCCAUGGAGAGCUCGGAUCACGUAUCCCAGGAUUUAUUUUCAUCAUUCCACUCUGCAAUAUUUCGAACCCCACUGGAUAAACUACGCCGAGACGUUGCUGAGUACGAAAAGGACCUCGAUACAUUAUUGGUCACCGACCUUUUCAUGAAUCCCCGUAAAGUGCCGUCGACGAUUGCGAGUGCGCCUACAGUCGUCCACGAACCAGAACAAAGUGUCGCGAACAUGUUCGCGGCUCGCCCAUUCCCAUUCCCAGACCGGCCUACGAAUCCCUGCCCUACGGGACUCAUCCCAAAUCCAAUGCUUCAGGACUCGUAUCCUCAGAUGGAUCCGAUUACGGGUACGCCUGUGCCCUUGCCCUCCUUGCUUCCGAAUGUCUCCCAGCAACUCGGAAACAAGGGUCAGGGGGUUAUGGCUCAGCCAUUGGAGAGGCCAUCGAACCCAGUCCUGAGGUCGACAUAUGAAGGCACCCUCUCAGCGGAAGGGGGCAAUUUCCGUCGACCCGGUUCAGAUGAUUGGACCAUCCCGCGUCCCGAAGCCGACGUCCUCUCGGAUUCCGAUCCCCAGGACGGUGCAGCGACCGGGGAAGGCUUUACCGCCAUCCGUCCCCUCGCUGCAUCCAAACCAGCGAACCGCCAUCCCCUGCCGUUCCCCCUUCAUUGCGCCUACUACGCGCCAGCGGGACAAAAGGGGAACUGCCGUCCACCGAGCACAUCGCUACUUCCAAAAAUCCUCGAUGAACUUGCCACCAUGAUACACCGACGAACGCUUGAAAUGACGAGGAUAUCGACUAAAGAAAAUACUCAGUACUAUGUCGCGACAUUAGGAUUCUUUAGGGACGAUCAGCGGUGCAUUGGGGUCGACGGGCUCUGUCCUUCCUCUGUCCCUGGCAUACGAGGAACCUUGGAGACGGUGUGGUCGACGGGCUAA